UGUUAAUUUAUAACUUUCUGAAGGGUAAUGACGAUUUUUGAACGAGACGCAUAGCAAAUCUUACUGUUUUUCAAGCUUGUCUAAAGCAGAAACGGGUAAAUAAUCUACAGCGCAUCAUUAUACAAAAAGCUUUAGAUAAGUGUAUGUUCACUUAUCAAUUAUUCAAGUUAAUGCAUUCGUCGAGAUAACAAACAACAAGUGAACCGGCGAAAUGAGACAUUUGGUCGUAAUCUUAGUGGCCUUUUUCGGAGCAUGUUUCUGCCAUAAUGAAGGCUUGAAAAUUACCCUCCCUCAAGGUAUGCUUGAGGGUCACAUAAAAGUAACGAAGGGAGGGAAUAAGAUAUUAGCUUUUGAGGGAAUUCCUUACGCUGAGCCUCCCGUUGGUGAAAAAAAGUUUCAGGAAGCGAAGCCUCCGAAACCAUGGAAAGGGAUCUGGCAAGCGAAGACACUAUACAAAUGUAUUCAGUACGAUUAUAUAUCACCAGCUAGCAAGGACAGAGUAUCAGGCGAUGAAGACUGUUUAUACGUCAACAUUUACACUCUCGAUACAAACCCAUCGAAAAAAUAUGACGUGUUGGUAUACAUCCACGGAGGUGCAUUUUUUCUUGGUAACGGGGGCGUUUAUGAACCAAGUCGUAUAAUGGAUAGACCCAUAGUUUAUGUAAAUUUCAACUACAGAGUAGGACUCAUGGGAUUUUUAAGUACUGAAGACGAUGUAUUGCCAGGGAAUUUGGGGUUGAAAGAUCAACAGGUGGCGUUGAAGUGGAUAAAGGAGAAUAUUCACCACUUUGGAGGAAACCCGGACUCUAUAACGAUCAUGGGAACAUCAGCAGGGGGUGCCAGUGUAGAUUUUCACUACGUAAUGCCCAAAUCAAAAGGAUUAUUCAAGAGAGGUAUAUCUCAAAGCGGUUGUACCCUAAACCCUUGGGUGUUGGUGGAGAAGCCUUUGGAAAAAACUAAGAAGGUAGCUGAACUUGUUGGGUGCGAUACGCGUAACAACAAGGAAAUGGUUGAAUGUCUGAAGUCGAAACCAGCUAGACAGAUUGCUAAUACAGUUGGGAAGUUACAGUCAUGGAAGUAUAAUCCAUUCACACCGGUAGGCCCAGUUGUCGACAAGUGGGCAAGAGAUCCAGUUUUGCCCGACCAUCCGUAUACAUUAAUGAAAGCGGGAAAAGUUCAGGACUUACCAUGGAUGAUCUCCUUUACAGCAGAUGAGGGGCUUUUCCCAGGUGCAGAUUUUUACAACGAUGAGGAUCUGGAACAUUUGGAUAAAAACUGGAAUGAGCUUAUGCCUCACAUUUUGCAUUACGCAGAUGUUGUGGAUUCAAAAGCUUCCAUUGCAGUAGGAGAUAUGAUAAGAAAAGAGUAUUUAGGAAGUGAAAGGCUAACCAAGCAAACAUUUAAGAAAUUAAUAAAGGCAAUUGGAGACCGACUUUUCGUGGCAGAUAUAGAGAAGUCUGCUCGACUUCAUUCAGCUGCGGUCAAAUCUCCAGUGUAUCACUACUCUUUUGCAUAUGAAGGAAGUUUAAGUAUCACUUUGGUAUUGGGCAACACUAGAGAAUAUUUAGGUGUGGCGCAUGGUGACGAUGCGAUGUAUAUUCUACCCUUGGUUGAUAUAGCAGUAAGUGAAAAAGACAGACGUAUGGCAGAUACUCUGAUUGGCAUCGUCGUAUCCUUCAUGAAAAAUGGGAAGCCGGAUAUAAUAAAUAACUGGAGGCCAUUGGAUAAGGACGUUACAAGUCCUUUGAAUCAGUUGAAGAUUUCUGGUCCAGAUGAUAUGAAAAUGGUCCAAGUAGAGUCUAUUGGGAACAGUGAAUUUUGGAAUAGUUUGCCGUUCAAGGAAAAUGAAAAAAUAUCAACUCAUGAUAAAGACGAACUAUAAAUUAUUCAAGAUUUUCAAACUAAUUAUCUACAAUAAGCAGUAAUACAUAUAAUUUGUAAAGUGAAACCAUUGAAGUGUCGAAUAAAACUACUUCGUUGUGAUAAAAAAUGCGUCAAAUAGA